GCGUCACUUCCGCUGGGGCGGGACGGAGCUGUGGGGGUGGUGCCUCGACCGCGGCUCUUCUGUUUGUGUUGGUAGCUCAGCUGAUGCGGGCAGGCCAGAGUGGACGUCAGUGCGGGCCGGAGGCGCGUCCGCGCUGCCGCCCAUGUAGUUGCGGCCUGCAUCCCGGUAAGACCAUGAAUUAUGGCAUUUCUUAAAUGAAGCAUUCAGGAAUGAAGUGAAAAUCCUAACAUAUAGAAAAUAAAUGAUUUUUAAGUUAUGUCUAUUAAUUUGACUAUAGAUAUAUAUUAUAUUUACCUCCUUAGUAAUGCAAGAAGUCUUUGUGGGAAGCAGAGAAGCAAGCAGCUGCAUUUCUUAUACUCACCUAAACAUUACUGGAGGGUAAGCCACGCCAGUCUACAAAGAGGUUUUCAUACAAGCAAAAUAAGAUGUAAAUUGACCAAAAGUGAUGCCCAUUCUUGGAGCAAGCACUGUUACUCUCCAAGCAACCAUGGUUUACAGAUUGGAAUUUUGAAACUUAGCACUUCUACUCCCAAGGGACUUACAAAAGUGAGCAUUCGUAUGUCCCGUAUUAAAAGUACUUUGAACUCUGUUUCAAAGGCUGUUUUUGGCACUCAGAAUGAAAUGAUCUCACGUUUAGCUCAAUUUAAGCCAAGUUCUCGCAUAUUAAGAAAAGUAUCAGAUAGUGGUUGGUUAAAACAGACAGGCAUUAAACAAGCCAUCAAAUCUCUGAAAAAAUACAGUGACAAAUCAGUAGAGAAGAGUUCUUUUUCAGAAAGUCAUAGUCUAGGUAAAGAUGAAGAUAUAGGUAAACAAAGUCUUUUUCGUCACACAAGUAGUUUAACCACAAGAUUUGGAGAGUCAUUCUACUUUUUAUCAAAUCAUAUUAAUUCAUACUUCAGACGUGAGGAAAGAAUGUCUCAAAGAAAGGAAAAUAAACAUUUCCAGGACAAACUUGAAGAUAAAAAGGUCGAAGAAGAGAAAUCGAGCUCUCCAGACCCUGGCAUCCUGACUGAUAAGCGAGAUUCAGAAUCUUCUUUAUAUUCUGUGGACAAGUCUGCAAGUGCCAGCGGGACUCCUGAGGCUCUUCCAGUUUCUACUAAACAGAGUAUUGCUAACUUUCUUUCUCGUCCCACCGAAGGUGUCCAAGCUUUAGUAGGUGGUUAUAUUGGUGGACUUGUCCCUAAAUUAAAGUAUGAUUCAAAGAGUCAGCCAGAAGAUCAGGAAGAGGCUGUUAAAGCUGAGCAGCCUGUCAGCAAAGACAAAAAUGGAGAGGAGAAAAAGCGGUUAUCUCUUCAGCGAGAAAAGAUUAUUGCAAGAGUGAGUAUUGAUAACAGAACCCGGGCAUUAGUACAGGCGUUGAGAAGAACAACUGACCCAAAGCUCUGCAUUAACAGGGUUGAAGAACUGACUUUUCAUCUUCUAGAAUUUCCUGAAGGAAAAGGAGUGGCUGUCAAGGAAAAAAUUAUUCCAUAUUUAUUAAGAUUGAGACAAAUUAAGGAUGAAACUCUUCAGGCUGCAGUUAGAGAAAUUUUGGCCUUAAUUGGCUAUGUGGAUCCCGUGAAAGGAAGAGGAAUCCGAAUUCUUACAAUUGAUGGUGGAGGAACAAGGGGUGUGGUUGCCCUUCAGACACUGCGAAAAUUGGUUGAACUUACUCAGAAGCCAGUUCAUCAGCUCUUUGAUUACAUCUGUGGUGUGAGCACGGGUGCUAUAUUAGCAUUCAUGCUGGGAUUGUUUCAUAUGCCUUUGGAUGAAUGUGAGGAACUUUACCGAAAAUUAGGAUCUGAUGUGUUUUCACAAAAUGUCAUUGUUGGAACAGUCAAAAUGAGCUGGAGCCAUGCAUUUUAUGACAGUCAAACAUGGGAAAAUAUUCUUAAGGAUAGAAUGGGAUCCUCAUUAAUGAUUGAAACAGCAAGAAAUCCUACAUGUCCUAAGGUAGCUGCAGUAAGUACCAUAGUAAACAGAGGGAUAACGCCAAAAGCUUUUGUGUUCAGAAACUAUGGUCAUUUUCCUGGAAUCAACUCGCACUACUUGGGAGGCUGUCAGUAUAAAAUGUGGCAGGCCAUUAGAGCCUCAUCUGCUGCUCCCGGCUACUUUGCAGAGUAUGCAUUGGGAAAUGAUCUUCACCAGGAUGGAGGUUUGCUUCUGAAUAACCCUUCGGCACUAGCAAUGCACGAGUGUAAGUGUCUUUGGCCCGACGUCCCGUUGGAGUGCAUAGUGUCCCUGGGCACUGGGCGUUACGAGAGUGAUGUGAGGAACUCUGUGACAUACACAAGCUUGAAGACCAAACUGUCUAAUGUUAUCAACAGUGCCACAGAUACAGAAGAAGUUCAUGUAAUGCUUGAUGGUCUGUUACCUCCUGACACCUAUUUUAGAUUUAAUCCUGUGAUGUGUGAAAACAUACCUCUGGAUGAAAGCCGAAAUGAAAAGCUCAAUCAGCUGCAGCUGGAAGGGUUGAAGUACAUAGAAAGAAAUGAAGAAAAAAUGAAAAAACUUGCAAAAAUACUAACUCAAGAAAAAACAACUCUGCAGAAAAUUAAUGAUUGGAUAAAACUAAAAACUGACAUGUAUGAAGGCCUUCCAUUCUUUUCAAAAUUGUGAUAAGGGUAUGUAUAUAUUUUCAUAAGCGAGGGCCUGAUC